AUGGGCUUUCUUCACAAGCUGCGUGUCGUUGUGUGGGGCGAGCCGCCGCCAACCAAGGAAGAGGCCAGGCUGCUCUUCAAGAUCGACUGGUUUAUUCUCAGCUAUGUCUGCUCGAUGUACGAAACCAAGUCCUACGGCCUGAUCUCGCUAGCUAAACUUCUCGCAGGUAUUGGGUCAAUUACUUGGACCGCGCCAACUUGAACAAUGCCUACGUUUCCGGAGCACAGCAAGAUCUAGGCUUCAAAGGCACCCAGCUAAACCAGAUCAACACCAUCUUCUAUGGUGGCUACCUUCUCGGCCAGAUUCCAAACAAUCUCAUCUUGCAGAAAAUUCCACCUCGCAUAUGGCUGCCCACGACAUGUCUCUGCUGGGGUUUCCUUACUCUCGGUACCGGCUUCACACAACAUCCCUGGCAGAUCAUGGUCAUCCGUUUCUUCCAGGGCUUCUUCGAAGCCAGUUGUUUCGUGGGCGUGCAGUGGAUUCUCGGUUCCUGGUACAAACCGCACGAGAUUGGGAAGCGUACAGCUAUCUUUACUAGCUCUGGCCUCGCUGGACAACUGUUCUCUGGAAUUAUGCAAGGUGCUAUUUACACGAAUCUUAACGGGGUUUCUGGCCUGGCAGGUUGGCGCUGGCUGUUUGUGAUCGACUUCCUCAUCACGCUGCCAAUAUCAAUUUACGGCUUCUUGCUAUUUCCUGACACUCCCGUGAGCACAAAGGCGAAAUACUUCUCACACUCUGAAAAGGUGCUGGCAUCAGAACGGCUGCCGAAGGUAGAAAGGCGACGUGGAGUUCUGGGCUGGAGCCUCAUCCGACGAGUGUUGCUUUCAUGGCAUUGGUGGGGCUUCGUGUUGCUUUGGAUUGCCGGUUCAAACACUGAGAUGUACUCCUCUAACGCCAUCAUGCAGCUUUGGCUUAAGGACAUUGGCGGGUAUUCGGUGCCACAGGUCAACUACAUCCCUUCUUCUGUAUCUGGAAUGGGUAUCGUGGCAACGCUGCUUCUUGGAUGGUAUACGGACUUCAAUCCUCGUCAUCGCUGGCAUGUUGGGAUCUUGCUCUCAUUCACAGCCAUCAUCUCUGGAGCACUGAUGCUCUCGCCACCGACUAAAGCGGCCAAAUUCGCCGCACUCAUUCUGAACGGAUGCCAAUACGCUGGACAAACAGUAUUCUUCGCAUGGGCCAACGACCUCACAAGAAAAGACGACGCGAAGCGCUCUAUUGUUGUCGCCUGUAUGAACAUGUUCUCUGUCGCCGUGUACCUAUUCUGGAGCUUGUUGUUCUACAACGCAACGCAGGCGCCGGAUUGGUUUGAGGGCAACUGCGCCAUGAUUGCGAUGGGCGGCUUUACGCUCGUCAUGACCCUUGCAUGUUACUUCGGACAACGGUGGCAAGAGAAGCAAGACUUCCUUGAGAGCAAUGAGUGGCCGGCAACGGAAGAGGAAACGCAUGUUGACGAGGAGAAAACGAAAGCUCGAUAA